AUGAAGCUUUUAAUUUCUCUUCUUCUUCUGGUCAACUUGCUUUCAUUGGCAAGCACAACUUUGGCUGUGUCCACUUGUAAUGGCAUUCUCGCAACUGAACAAGAUUCGUGUGGUAGUCAUGGAGUCUGUAACUAUGGUACUUGCUAUUGUGUCGAUAGUGUCUAUCAAAACUCCAUCUACUCUGCUUGGACAGCUGACAGAAGACAAACUUUAGUUCAGGGAGAAUCUCUCGUGUCCACAGAUGGAACCUUUACUUUGGCCAUGAAAUCGAGUGGUGUCUUGUCUCUUAUGAAUUCUAUUACAGCUGAGGAGAAGAAAUCCUAUACUGCUACAGGUGGAAGUGGACCAUAUGUCUUGGCUUUGGCCACAGAUGGUUCCUUGUCCAUAAAAGGAAAUGGUGGGAGUACUAAUCUGUUAGGAUUAGCAAGUAGUUGUGGUUCUGGAACAGCUCCUUUUAGAUUAGUUUUACAAAAUGAUGGUAAUUUAGUUCUCUACGGAGCUCAAGAGGAAGUUUGUUGGGAAACCCACACUUGGACAGCUGGACUUUCGAAUACCUAUUUAUGGGAAGGACUAAACUGCACCACUCCAUUAUGUUAUAAUGUAUUGUCCACCUCUAGUUUAGUUUGUUCUGGUCAUGGCUCAUGUCCAUCUCCAAAUAAUUGUGUCUGUUCUGAUGGUUAUCAUGGAAACAAGUGUCAAUUUUUUAAUUGCAUUUCCAGAGAUAAUUGCAGUUUAGAUCAUGGAAGUUGUAUAUCAGCAAAUACUUGUUCCUGUCAAUCUGGAUGGAAAGGAAAUGUCAACUGUUCUCAAUUUUCAUGUGAUGGCGUGAAUUAUUGUUCUGGACAUGGACAAUGUGUUUCGAAUAAUACAUGUCAAUGUGAUGAUUAUUGGCAUGGUGAAAAUUGUAAAACUCCGUCUUGUGAGCUAGUUGAUAAUUGUAAUGGUCAUGGCUCAUGCGUUUCGAAUAAUACUUGUAUGUGUUAUUCAGGAUGGAAAGGAGAUUCUAAUUGUUCCUUAUUUAGUUGUGAAGCUUUAAAUCAUUGCAAUAAUCAUGGACAAUGUGUUUCGAAUAAUUCAUGCGAAUGUAAUUCUGGCUGGAAAGGUAAUUCUCAUUGUUCAGCUAUUAGUUGCGAUUCUUUGAAUCACUGUUCAGGUCACGGUUCAUGCAUUUCAAAUAAUACCUGUUCAUGCGAAUCAGGUUGGAAAUCAGAUUCUUCUUGUUCUUCCUUUUCUUGUGAAGUUUUAAACGAAUGUAAUGGAAAUGGACAUUGUGUUUCGAAUAAUACAUGCGAAUGCAACAAUGGUUGGCUUGGUAAUUCUGAAUGCUCAAACUUUACUUGUGAAACUUUAAACAAUUGUUCAGGUCAUGGUCAAUGUGUUUCGAAUAAUUCAUGUUCAUGUGAAAGUGGAUUCAAAGGAAAUGCUCAAUGUUCUGUGAUUAGCUGUGAUGCUUUGAAUGAUUGUUAUGGUAAUGGAAAUUGUGUUUCGAAUAAUACGUGUGAAUGUCAAGUUGGUUGGAAGGGAAAUUCUCAAUGUUCACUUUUCACAUGUGAAAUUCUUAAUAAUUGUUCUCAUCAUGGUGAUUGCGUUUCGAAUAAUACUUGUAGCUGUCAUUCAGGAUGGAGAGGAAACUCUCAAUGUUCUCAAAUUUCAUGUGAUGCCUUAAACGAAUGUUCAGGUCAUGGAAGUUGUGUUUCGAAUAAUUCAUGCGAAUGUAAUUCUGGUUGGAAAGGUAAUUCUCAAUGUUCAACAAUUUCAUGUGAUGCAUUGAGUAAUUGCAGUAAUCAUGGAACUUGCAUUUCCAAUAACACUUGUUCAUGCAAUACUCAUUGGAAAUAUCUCGAUUGUUCCAUUAUUGAAUGUUUGAUGGAUUUAGACAGUGACAGCAACGAAUUGACAUGUUCCACUGGCUCUGAAACUGAAACCUUUGUAAAGAUGUCAUCAAAUACUUGGGAAUAUUUGGUUCUGAGUUUGGCAAAUGAAAAGCAAUUGAUUUACGUUGAGGAUGGUUCUACUUUUGGAUUGAAUUUAUCGUCCAAUAGUUUUUAUUUCAGCACUUCUUCAACUCGGUCGAAUGAGCAAUUUUAUUCGAAUGUUACUAAUUUCAUGAUUCAGAAUGCCAAAUCAGAGUUGAUUCAUAUUCAGUUAUCUAAGCAAAUCAAGUAUUAUUUCAGUGGUUUGAUUUUUGAUGUUUCCAAUUAUAAUUAUACUUGUUUGAGAUUUGAUUAUGAUUCGAAUAGUUGGACGAAUCAAUUAGUUACCUCAUCCUUUUCCACCUCUAAUCAAAUAAUCUGUUCUACUUCCUACAUUUCCUCUGUUGCUGUCCAGAGAUCAGCUCUCACAAAUCGUUCAGCUUCUUCAACGGUCAGUACUGGAGAUUUAUCAGUCAUUUUAAUUGCAAUUCUAGUUCCAACUUUCUUCCUUCUAAUGUGUUUGUGUAUGAUUGCAUUGAUUGUGUCUAUUGUAAUGUUUGUAUUGAAUAGAAAACAACAGGGAAAUCUUCCUUCUCAAUCAUCACAGUUCGAAUUAUAA